UCUCUCCCCAAUUACAAAUUACUGUACUGUAUUACAAGUUCGGUACUGCGAUAUUUCACAGGCUAAAACUGGAAUUAUUGUACUAUAUAAAUUACUCUAGAGCCACAAACAUGGAAGACGUGACUGCGUCACUUCACAGUUAGACCACGUACCUGAAUGUCUAGUAGCGAUCAUAAAUUAUCGUGGAAAGGUUCGGAGAGAAAAAACAACUGUUCAGUAAGAACCGUUUACAAAAGCAUGAAUACUCCUGCCCGAUUCAGGACCGUUAAAAGUUUGCAGGUUUACAAUUAUGGAGGAAGAUUUCACUUCGUAAUUAUGUCGACUUCCGAAGAGACCAAGACCUCACGAACAAACUUGAAACUACGCAUGAAAAAUCAACCCGAACGCGAGAUGCGAUCUAACACGAAUUGAAAGUGCUGCACCACAUGCGACCAACUUCAUCGCGUACUCUGACGGUAUCGUCAAGACUUGGCGUGCGGAUUGCACCAUUGCGCCAUCACGCACAUGGAGGGGUGUGGCUAUGGCAUGACCGCAUCUCCGGCUAAUACGUCCAGUGUCCUGGGGGCAGAUAAACGCAGUGAAGCUCUGUCAUACUUGGAUCCGCAGUGGACUCCCUUGGUGUCAGGUGAUCAGGAAAGCCCCGAAACUGAUCCCGAGAACGAACAGCUGACGAAACCUUCCUGGGAGCAUCUGACCAAUUACAUUCAACGCAGUUAUAACCUAACAGCCGCCGACGUGAACAGAGCGCAUCCCGCGGAUGCCAGUUCCUCUGAAGAUUUAACAGAAGAUGAUAAAACCGUGUUGGAUAAUCCGCCGAAAAUUUUCAUCCCAAUGAAAUUUCGUCUACCCGACAUUCCAUUGAAAAUCCGACAUCCACAGCAAAUGGAGCUGGACGAAGGUUUGGGUGUCUACCUUCCCAAAAACCUUUUGGACAAAGACUUCGAAGAGCAGCUGGAGGAUGAGCUGUUCCUUUCCUUACCGAGCUAUGCGGAAAUGGAACGAUAUUUCGGAAAAUCCUCAAACAGCAUACCACCCUUGAACGAGGACGAACAGUGGAUUGUCAGGAAACGCUAUAGCCGGCUAUGCAUUCAAUAUAAAAACAAACUUCAGGAGCUGCGUCGUGAGCUGCUUGAUAAAUGGAAAACAGCGCUGACUGACCGGCCUGACGUCACGAACACCAUGAUUGAAUUAGCCGCAUUUCGCCGAUCGCGGCCGAACUGGCGAGGAUAUUUACUGUUUCUUAACACAUUUAACUAUCGCUACGAUUUUUUGCCGAAUCUUCUACAGUCGCCACUGAAAAAUCCAGUACCCUUCCAAAAUGCAGAUAAACUUUUAGCCAUAAUACGCGAAUUGACCACCGUAAGAAAUAAUCCAUCAAAGUACAGAAGAAUUUAUCCGGACUCCAUUUUCAGUCAGUAUAAACAUUUUCGGAGAAAGAAGCAGAUUGCGGAUAAAAAAAGCAGCGUUUUUGCUACGGGCAGUGGCAUUAGCUCAGAAACGGGGAGAUGUGCCGAUCAGAAAAAGUCGCAUGGUCCGGCUGUCGCAGCCAGAAAACAACCGAAAAAGUUUGCUUAACGAAACCGAUGUCGGUAACCUGACCUUGAAACAGAAACUCAUACGGGCAAGGUUGAUUUCACGCGAGGUGAAAAGAACUUCUCAAAUAGCAGGAAAAAGUGUGGAAACCGAAAUGGCUGAAAAGAAGAAGUCGGACGAAGAAUUUGAACAAAGAAAACGCAACCGGCUAUUACGACGGCAUAUGCGACUCACGGAAAUAUCCGAACACAUAAGCCGUAAACCAAAAAAUUCAUUUCAAAUCCAUCCGACUGGAAUACAGCGCCUUUUUAUGAGUGAAAAGCUGUCAGCGUGGAAUGUCAAGGGUCCACUCAGACGUUACAGGGGAUCAGCUGCACAAAGAAACAGAUCCAAUACGAAGAAUUCAGUAAAGUGGCCCACGACGAAACAGCCUCACUUCGAACCGGAAACCGAAGACAACAGUGAAAACUCUAGCGAAAGCGAAAAUUCAGUGGAGGAUUUGCUUCCAAGAACGGGCCAAUAAUUAUUUAACGGUGCAACUAAACACAGAUCCCUCACCACAAAGAUCGGCCGAAUAUCCUACGCCGAAAACACCAACAGUCUCAGUCAAAUUGCGAUACGAUCUUGGAGAUGCCAUUUUGCAGAAGAAACCACCGGAAGUCCGCAAAUAUCCGGCUUGUUGAAUGCCAUUGAUAAACCACACAACGCCAAAUGCAGACAACCUGCUGCAAACCGCAGCACAACUCAGGUGCAGGCUUCACGGCAACACAAUACACAAUUCGAAUGCACUCCACGCCGCCAUGUAUGGCCGCAUCCCCGUUAUUAUCCCACCAAACGAGCCAUUCGACGAAGAGCUGGCCCUUAUGAAACGAAACGAAGCGCGCCAUGCUCGUCGCAGCAAAUCUGUUUCCGUAUUCGGGACGUCUGUCUACGGGUCAGAAGCGAUGCAGCACAGCAAACGGCAUCAUGCUCCCACGCUGCUUCCCGUCUGGGACAAAGGAGACACGAGAAGACGGUCAUUAGGUCUAGAACAAUCAACAAGUUCAAUCGGAAGCGAAGUAGCUGACAAAGAGAAGAUACGAACAGUACGCAAAAAGCGGCUUCGCACCAGUCAGUUACCGCGGUUCAUGCGAAAAUGGAAAGAAUUUAGCCGCAUCAAAUAAAGUUUGUUUUCUGUACAAUAGCUUUAGAACUUUUAGCUUUAGAACUGACCACGUAAUCCAAAAUCUCAAGAAUGUUCUUCGAGGUUUCCAAAAUCAUAACACACUGUUCGGAUAAGGCUAAAAGAUUUUAAAACAGCAAUUACGAGAUAAAUUUCUAUAAAAAUCGCAUUGCAUCAUAGGAAGA